AUGGCAGCAACUUACAGACUUGUGGUUAGUACUGUGAACCACUAUAGCAGUGUGGUGAUAGACCGGCGUUUUGAGCAAGCAAUACAUUAUUGCACUGGAACCUGCCACGCCUUCACACAUGGAGUUGACUGCAUUGUGAUACAUCAUAGUGUUUGUGCAGACCUCUUACACAUCCCUGUAUCUCAGUUCAAAGAUACAGAUUUGGACUCUCUGUUUCUACCCCAUGAAAAUGGGUUUUCCUCAGCUGAAGGUGACUAUCCCCAUCAAGCCCUCACGGGCAUACCCAAGGUCAGGAAAGGAUCUACAUUUCAGAGUACCUGUAAUUUAAAGGACAUUGCAGGAGAAGCAAUCAGUUUUGCCAGUGGGAAAAUAAAAGAAUUUUCCCUUGAAAAACUCAAAAACUCUAACCAUGCCACUUACAAAAAGGGAAGGAAAGUUAAAUCUGACUCAUUCAAUAGGAGGUCAGUUGAUUUUGACUUGCUCUGUGGCCAUUAUAAUCAUGAUGGGAACUCUCCAUCAUUUGGUUUACUCCGGAGUUCCUCAGUUGAGGAAAAAUCUUUGUCCCAUAGAAACUCACUCGAUACAAACCUGACUUCAGUGUUUCUUCACAACUUCUCUGAAGAAGACCUGGUUACUCAGAUUUUAGAAAAACAUAAAAUAGAUAAUUUUUCUUCUGGUACAGACAUAAAGAUGUGCUUAGACAUCUUGCUGAAAUGCUCUGAGGAUUUGAAAAAAUGCACAGACAUCAUAAAACAGUGUAUAAAGAAAAAGACAGGGAGUAGCAUCAAUGAAGGAAAUGGUAAUGAUGCAAUUUCUAGCUCUGAAACUGUCUAUAUGAAUGUAAUGACCAGGUUAGCAUCCUACCUGAAAAAGCUACCAUUUGAAUUCAUGCAAUCUGGGAAUAAUGAGUCUAUAGAUUUAACAGAACUGGUCAGUAAUAUGCCUAGUUUACAACUGACUCCCUUUUCCCCAGUAUUUGGCACUGAACAGCCCCCUAAGUAUGAAGAUGUUGUCCAGCUCUCAGCCCUUGACUCUGGACAGUUUCAAACUAUAGAACUGCAAGAUGACCAGCACAGUUCUAAAAAAACAGAUACUAUAAAACCCAUUCCAAAUAACUCUACAAAUUCCUUAUAUAAUUUAGAGAUAAGUGAUCCCAGAACUCUAAAAGAUGUCCAGCUUCAAUCACAGUCACUAACUGUAAAUCCUUUAGAAAAUGUUUCUUCUGGUGAUCUCAUGGAAACCCUAUAUAUUGAAGAAGAGUCAGAUGGAAAGAAAGCCUUAUAUCAAGAACAGAGGACAGAAAAUGGACCCUCUCAGGAGUUGAUAAAGAUAAAUGAAGAUAGAGCAAAAUUAUCAGACCAUGGUACUCAUCUUAAAAAAUGCCCUGCCUCAAUGCAAAAUGAAAUUGGUAAGAUAUUUGAGAAAUCAGUUGUUAGUCUACCUGAAGAAGAUCUUAAAUCUAAAGUUCCUAAAGUUGAAGAGGGAAACCACAGAGAUUUUAUGAAUUCUAACAGUCAGGAAGAGAUAGAUAAAUUGUUAAUGGACUUGGAAUCUUUCUCACAGAAGAUGGAGAACUCUCUAAGAGAGCCACUUGCUAAAGGUAAAAGUUCUAACUCUCUAAAUAGUCAGAGUCAGUUGAUUGGUCAGCUCCCAGAUCUUGAGCCUAAAUCUAAAGUCUCUUCACCUAUGGAAAAAGUGUCACCUUCCUGUCUAACAAGGAUUAUUGAAACCAAUGGACACAAAAUAGAGGAAGAGGAUCGAGCCCUCUUACUGCGGAUUCUAGAGAGCAUUGAAGAUUUUGCUCAAGAAUUGGUUGAAUGCAAAUCGGGCAGAGGGAGCCUAUCACAAGAAAAAGAGAUGAUGCAAAUUCUACAAGAAACCUUGACAACUUCCUCCCAGGCCAAUUUAUCAGUCUGCAGAAGUCCUGUUGGUGAUAAAGUCAAAGACACUACCUCAGUGGUUUUGAUUCAGCAGACCCCAGAGGUGAUCAAGAUUCAAAAUAAAACAGAAAAGAAACCUGGAACACCACUCCCACCUCCAGCCCCCUUUCCGAGUAGUCCCCGACCUCCCUCCCCUGCUCCUCAUGUGAAUACCGUUGUGAGUGCAGCGCUGCCCGUCAACAUUCCACAGUUCUACUUUCCUGAGGGACUCCCCGAUGCCUGCAGCAAUCAUGAACAGACUCUAGGCAGAAUUGAAGCUGCUUUCAUGGAUAUUGAAGAUCAGAAAGCAGACGUUUAUGAAAUGGGGAAAAUUGCAAAGGCCUGCGGCUGUCCUCUUUAUUGGAAAGCCCCCAUGUUCAGGGCUGCAGGGGGAGAGAGGACAGGAUUUGUGUCAGCACAGUCAUUCAUCACCAUGUGGAGAAAGUUGCUGAGUAACCAUCAUGAUGAUGCCUCUAAGUUUAUCUGUCUUCUUGCAAAGCCCAGCUGCAGCUCUCUAGAACAAGAUGAUUUUAUUCCUUUACUUCAGGAUGUGGUAGAUACACAUCCUGGCCUUACGUUCCUCAAAGAUGCUCCAGAAUUCCACUCCCGGUACAUCACCACGGUUAUUCAGAGAAUAUUCUACACAGUCAACAGAUCUUGGAGCGGAAAAAUUACUGCAACAGAGAUAAGAAAAAGCAACUUUUUGCAAACUCUAGCCCUUUUGGAAGAAGAGGAAGAUAUAAACCAAAUCACAGAUUACUUCUCCUAUGAACACUUCUAUGUUAUUUAUUGUAAAUUCUGGGAACUAGAUAGUGAUCAUGACCUCUACAUCAGCCAGGCCGAUCUAUCUCGAUACAAUGACCAGGCUUCAUCAAACAGGAUUAUUGAAAGAAUAUUCUCUGGGGCAGUAACAAGGGGAAAAACAGUGCAGAAAGAGGGAAGAAUGAGCUAUGCAGAUUUUGUUUGGUUUUUGAUCUCUGAGGAAGACAAAAGGAACCCCACCAGCAUUGAGUACUGGUUCCGCUGUAUGGAUGUGGAUGGGGAUGGAGUGCUCUCCAUGUACGAGCUGGAAUACUUCUACGAGGAGCAGUGUGAACGGAUGGAAGCCAUGGGCAUUGAGCCCUUGCCAUUCCAUGAUUUGUUGUGCCAGAUGCUUGACCUGGUGAAGCCAGCCAGUGAUGGCAAAAUAACUCUACGAGAUCUGAAGAGAUGCAGAAUGGCUCACAUCUUUUAUGACACUUUCUUUAAUCUGGAGAAAUACUUAGACCAUGAACAAAGAGAUCCCUUUGCAGUCCAGAAGGAUGUUGAGAAUGACAGUCCUGAGCCUUCCGACUGGGACAGGUUUGCUGCUGAAGAGUAUGAGACCCUUGUAGCAGAGGAGUCUGCCCAAGCACAGUUCCAGGAAGGCUCCUUUGAAGAUUAUGAAACAGAGGAGCCUCCCUCUCCCUCUGAAAUUGGAAACAAAGGCAAUAAAAUAGUGACCUCAAGCCUUUCAGAGAAAUGUGGAAAGCUUCAGUCAGUGGAUGAAGAAUAG